AUGGUUCAGCACGAGAAUCCCACGCAGUCAAGGGAUUGUUAUCCCCGUGAACCAUGGUCCAGUACAGCAGAAAGGCCAUUCGAUUGCAGCCAACCGUCGUUGAAUGAAACCCGGCUUAUACCCAUUACACCGCACCGCUCUCACCCACACGAUUUACCUCUCAGCGUAGAGGAAUGUUUGAGAUCCUGCGCCCGAAUUCCAGUAAAAGAGUUUGCAGUCAUCGCUGUUCUUGAUGAUGGACGGGAAGUCAAUUACACUUCCCAGAAUUUGACGAACUUCCAGCCGAGAAUAUUCUCGCAACACUUGAAAAAUGAUUUUCACAGAUCUAUACAGAGAGCUAGUCUGGAUGCCUCAUUUUCAAAUUCCACAUCUUACCAUCAAGAUAGUGGAUAUAGUGAUUUCAGUAUAGAUAACGGAUCAGGUAUGCGGAGGUUCUCAGGAAUUGAUUCGACUGCUGGAAAGAGGCGUCGAACUCGCCAACUUCGACAAAAUUCCGAUGAAACCAAUGAUGAUUCGAUGGGAUCAAAAAAGAUCAAGAGGUAUCGUCGUCAAUAUGAUGAGUCCAGUGAAGACACGCCGAGUUCUAUUGUGGAGAGAAAGACGAUGCAGUUGAGGAUAGGUGACGAGGACGAAGUCGAAAAGUUCUAUAGCUGUCGAUUCAAGGAUAUGCAGCAAUUUUCCUGUAAAGUCAUGGGAAAAGCUUUUGUGAAGCUCAUUGAGCCUAGAAAGCAGACCCAUUACCCGUACACCAAGGGAGCUGAAAAGUCUCCACCGUGGUGGCCACCAACAUUUGGAGAGUUCUCUGUGCGCCACAGAGAACCAGAUCACCUCAGAAAGCCUGAACUCAAUGUCAAGAUGCUGGAAGAAUUCACGAUGGAAGCGUUGUCCAAUUUCUUUAACGAUAAAGAGCAUCCUGGGAAUCUUGCCAAAAAACCUUUCAUAAAGGAACUUUUCAAGGUUGCCAGAAAAGAAGAGCAGUACAAGAACGGCGAGAUCAGUGGCGAUACUUACGUUCAGGUAAUGUUUGGUGACAGAAACGGCGCAGAGAUCUCAGAUGACGAACCGGAAGAGGGGAUGAAAAUUGAGGACGAAGAUCUACAAUCCCAAGAUAUGGAAGCUUCAUCACUGAUAUUAACCCCAAAUAGCGCGACAUCGCCGUCCGUUAUGCAGAUUCAGCAAAUACAACAGGCUCCACCACAUUCAAGUCAACAGAGAGAGCAUGACAUGUAUGCACCGCCUCGACACGUCUCGGUUCGUUACAAUUCACAACCAGAAGAGCAUAUGCAUGGUUCGUCUUACAUGAAUACUACUGCUGGAUACGUACCGCGGAUGAAUUUCAACGAGCAAAACAGCCCAAGCUUACAGGUUCAACCCCAGCGUUCCAUGUCCACUUCCAUGGCCACGGCCCAAUUCCAAAACCCGCAGCAGUCAAACGUCAACUGGACACCAUCCUUUUACAGCAACGCAUCCUCUGCUUCUAGCUUCUAUGCAACCUCACCGCAAUCGCAAUCCUUCACAUCCAAUCCUCCGCAAUCAUUCUCCUCUAACUCAUAUCAACUCCCUCCACCCAACUCUCAACCUAUGUUACUUUCUCAUCCGGUUGCCCAACCCUUACAUAAUAGCUUCGAUGGACUCCCCCAUCGAUCUCAAUACGAUGCCACUCCCCAAAUAGGAUCCCAACUCCGAACAGGGAGCCUAGGACACCCACAUCAAGUCCCAACGCAUCAACAUCACGGGGUAUUCGACUUCCUUGACGGCAACACUUACGAAAAUCACGAUGCGGACAUGAAAAGCGAUCAACCAUAA